CCCUUCUCAGACGCGACGUCAAAUUUCAGCACCUGCCAUUUUCUUCACAACUAACUUCUUUACGACUGUACCACGGUUUCCUCGCCCACCGAAAUCUCGACCUUAACCUCGAAGUUUCAUCAAAUCUCGACGGUUCUUUCUCCCCGAGAAUCGUCAGAGGCCGUCGACGGCGGCGAAGAUGGAGAGGAAGGCUGUGGCGGUCUGCUCUGUGGUUGCUUUUUUGGGGCUUUUGGUGGUCGCCACUGGAUUCGCCGCUGAGGGCACGCGGAUCAAGCUUAGUCAAGUUAUUCAAGUCACUCCUAAUACGUGCACAUAUCCCCGGAGUCCAGCGUUGGGGCUUGGUUUGGCAGCAGCUCUAUCACUUUUGGUUGCUCAGUUAACGAUAAAUGUUUCGACAGGUUGCAUUUGUUGCAUACGGGGGCCUCGGCCUCCCGCUUCUAAAUGGAGAACAACCGUGGUCUGCUUCGUGAUUUCCUGGUUUACGUUCAUCAUAGCAUUCCUCCUGUUGCUCACCGGUGCUGCGCUGAAUGACCGACGCGGUGAAGAAAGCUACUAUUUCGGUUACUACGAGUGCUACGUUCUGAAACCGGGGGUUUUUGCUGUCGCGACCAUUUUGGCCACUGCAAGUAUAGUGCUGGGACUGUUCUAUUACCUCAUAUUGAACUCUGCAAAAAAUAAUCCUACAGUGUGGGGCAAUCCUUCAGUUCCUCCUCAAGCAAACAUUGCAAUGGGGCAGCCUCAAUUCCCUCCCCCUCCUCCUCCUCAACAGAGAUCUGGAGACCCCGUUUUCGUUCACGAAGACACGUAUAUGAGACGACAGUACACAUGACCAGUACGCACCCGUUYGGGCAAACCAUGUAACUCAUAUUGCUGGAUUACUGUAUUUUUGAAACCACGCAUUGAAGGUGAUCAAAUAUGUUGGGUCUUAUAGAAAGUAGCCGUUUGAACAUGUAUAGGCUCUCUCAUAGAGGAACUGAAUUGAAAUUUGUUUCCCUUUCAUCCGACGGAAGCAAAUUAGUUGUAAUGUAAUAAAAUGUAUAUCCACCGUUGAUUUGAUUUGAUUUUUUUUUUACUUUUC